CUUGACGUCAUUCUGCUCUCGACAACGAGAACGACAGAGCCGCAGGCGUCUCCAUCCCGACGGUCUUCGACAAAAUAACGGAACAUCUGAGUUGUGAAGAAGCUCUUGGGGUCGUGUCCAUGAAGAUUUCGACUCCUUUCACGGCUGGAGAUAUUUGUUUGUGAGAACUUUUACAGUUUAAAGGUGGAGCUGGGGCCUCCACAGAUGUGGCCUGUACUUCCUCUCAGACUCCUGUUCAUGAGGGCUGAAGAUGUUUGUGUGACGGAGCGACUGUGGAUUGGCCUGGAGGGAUGACAGGACUUUAGCAGACAUGGAGACAGGAGAGACGCACAGACAGAUGGAAACGCCAUAUUUCCACCGCCACCAUUCUCCACAAUAGACCUCUCAGGACAACAGAGAAACUAUUUUUCUAUUAUUUUCUACCCAGAGCUGAUUCUUUUUUUGUGACUGACUGAAGCCAUAUUUAAGGAGACAUCAGGAUGAGCUCGGAGGGCUAUCUGUACCGAGCGCUGUACGACUACAAGAAGGAACGGGAGGAGGACAUCGACUUGCAUGUUGGCGACACGCUGCUGGUCAGUAAAGGGGUUCUGCUGGCACUCGGCUGCAGCAGCGGCGCCGAAGAGCGGCCGUCGGAAAUCGGUUGGCUGGUGGGCUUCAACGAGACCACUCAGGAAAAAGGAGACUUCCCGGGAACAUACGUAGAGUUUGUUGGGAGGAGGUGGAUGUCCCCGCCCACUCCGAAGCCCCGCCCACCCAGACCACCAUCUGCAUCAUCAGUGAGGAUGGACUCGGAGUCAGAGAGCUUCCUGUUGCCGGAUCUUCCAGAACAGUUUGGGCCCCCAGACACCGCCCCCCCUCUCCUCAGCAGACUGAUGGAGCUCAUAGAGACCAAAGGUGUGGAAAGCCCCGGGCUGUACCGCUGUCUGAGUGGAGGAGCUCUAGACGCCCGACAUCUGGCCGAGACCGGUAAGUCGGACAGAACCGUAACGGGCUCUGCCUGUGGCGAAUCCCCGGCUCUUAAGCUUUGUUUGUUUUCAGAUCUGGAGCAACUGGACGUCCCGUCCCUCUGCGAUGGAGUGGUCCGGUUCCUACAGGAACUCCCAUGUCCCGUUCUGCCCCCCUCCCUGCAGGCUGACAUGAUCCACACUGUCCAAGAAGUCCGAGACCCAGAGGACUGUGCCCAGGUACUGAGGGGAGUGGCCAGUUCACCCUCAUGCCCCGCCCAGUACGGUCUGACCCUGUUCAGCGUGAUCCGACACCUGGCACGUCUGUGUCUGCACGGCUCCAGAAACCAGCUGAGUCCAAGAGGUGUCGCCGAGAACUUCAGCCCACUGCUGUUCAGACAUGUUCCAGGGUCCGAGUCUGGUCCAGAUCCUCUGGUUCAGGUCCUGGAGGUUCUGAUCACCAGCGAGCUGAACAUGAACCAAGCUGCACCAGCUUUACCUCCGAAACCCGUCAAGUCAUCGACUCCUGCAGCGUCCAGCAGCUUCAACAACAGCAUGUCUCUACAGGACGCCGAGUGGUACUGGGGAGACAUCUCCAGAGAGGAGGUGAAUGAGAAGCUGAGAGACACGGCUGACGGGACGUUUCUGGUGCGGGACGCCUCCACUAAGAUGCACGGAGACUACACUCUGACUCUGAGGAAGGGAGGCAACAACAAACUGAUAAAGAUCUUCCACCGGGAAGGGAAGUACGGUUUCUCCGACCCGUUGACCUUCAGCUCGGUGGUGGAGCUCAUCAACCACUACCGACACGAGUCUCUGGCCCAGUACAACCCCAAACUGGACGUGAAGCUGCUGUACCCGGUCUCCAAACACCAGCAGGACCAGGUGGUGAAGGAGGACAGCAUCGAAGCUGUGGGGAAGAAGCUCCACGAGUACCACCUGCAGUACCAGGAAAAGAACCGCGAGUACGACCGACUGUACGAGGAGUACACCAGAACAUCUCAGGAGAUCCAGAUGAAGCGGACGGCCAUCGAGGCGUUCAACGAGACCAUAAAGAUCUUCGAGGAGCAGUGUCAGACUCAGGAACGCUUCAGCAAAGAGUACAUCGAGAAGUUCCGCCGGGAGGGCAACGACAAGGAGAUCCACAGGAUCAUGGAGAACUACGACAAGCUGAAGUCCCGGAUCAGCGAGAUCGUGGACAGCAAGCAGCACCUGGAGGCGGACCUGAAGAAGCAGGCAGCCGACAACCGAGAGAUCGACAAGAAGAUGAACAGCAUCAAACCGGAUCUGAUCCAGCUGCGCAAGACCAGGGACCAGUACCUCAUGUGGCUGACCCAGAAAGGAGUCCGGCAGAGGAAGCUGAACGAGUGGCUCGGCCUGAAGAAUGAGACCACUGAGGAUGAGUACAGCAUGGUGGAGGACGAGGAGGACCUUCCUCACCACGACGAGCGUCUGUGGCGUCUGGGAAACAUCAACCGUAAUCAGGCCGAAGCUCUGCUGCGGGGGAAGAGAGACGGGACCUUCCUGGUCCGGGACAGCAGCAAACCGGGCUGCUACGCCUGCUCUGUGGUGGUGGAUGGCGAGGUGAAGCACUGCGUCAUCAACAAAACCGGCACCGGUUACGGCUUCGCCGAGCCCUACAACCUGUACGGAUCUCUGAAGGAACUGGUCCUGCACUACCAGCACACCUCACUGGUCCAACACAACGACUCGCUCAACGUCACGCUGGCCUUCCCCGUCUACAGCCAGCAGAGGCGGUGACCCCGCCCCCUCUGGUCUCGCCCAUCUUUGGUCUUGAGUGGAAAUCCGAACCACACUUCAUGUUUGUCGUCGUGUCACUAAGACUUAACAAACAUUUUACUGUGAAAGUCCCCAAAUAAAAGCUUUAACUUCCUGUUGGGAUGACGGGAGCUGCUUGACCCGAUUCUGUGGGACUGGACCGAACCGGAUGCGCGUCCUUCACCCUGCAGGUGGAGAUCGCACCAGAACGUUUAACAGCUUCUUAACUAAAAUAAAUGAAAAGCUUCAAAAUAACCUUUUACUGAAAAUAUCAGCAGACCCCCCCACCCCACACACACACACACACACACACACACGCGCGCGGCUCUUUUAGAUGCAGCUAUGUGCAUUUAGGGAUGUUUGGACUUAUUUCCUCGUCAAAGGAACAAAACGAAAUUAGACCAGAUCAGAUUCUUUGAUUCUGUUUAAAAGAUGAAAAAGUCACUUCCUGUUUUAUUCUGAAAAUCGUGAAUUCAUCUUCAGCGUAAAAGUACAUAUUUUUAGUUGAUUCUUGAUUGGAAUCCGCUAAAAAGAACCAGAGCAAAGAAACUGGAUCUUUGCUCUGGUUCCAGAUUGGGCCCCAGUCAGAACCAGAACCGUCAGAUUCAGCAGCUUUGGCUCCACUGCUUUCUGCCGGUCAUCUAACAGAAGCUGGUUCUGAUGUGAUCCCGCCCUCCACGAGAAGAGUCCAGGUUCUGUCUUUGACCGACACCUGGCUUCAUCAGAACUCUGAACUGGACUUGAGGUUUAACAAUGAUGUCAUAGGUCGGAUGAUCCUGGGCCAGCUGGUUCAGGUGGACACUGUGAGAGUUUCAGAACCAGGACGCAUCAGUGUUUAAAUCAGGAGAAACCCAGAACCGGACCGACCCGGUUGUCCCCUCUGGUUCUUUAUUUCCCUGAGUGGGUGGAUGACAUAUCAGAUCCAGGAUGGAGCCGAGCAGAACCCAGGAGAACUGGAUCUUCAGGUUCUGGUGGAAUGGAUCCUGUUUGUUUGGAGUGGAGAGAAAAUGUCUUCGUUUUUCCUUUUUCCGACUGUUUCAGGAGAACCAGGUACCGAAGAUCAAACUCCUGUUGUUGUGGAAACCACAUCUGAGGCUUGAAAUACUCAGAAAAGUUGUUUUUGUUUUGUUUUGUGAAACAGCUGAUGGAUGAAAAUGUGCAUGAAACUUAAACCAAAGGAAGGAAAGAAAAUGUGUUUAAUAAUAAUAAAAAAAAAACUUCCGCAGCUUUCAUCUGAAAAUCUGAAGUUCUCAAACGUUUCACAGGAUCAGCAGAACCUCCGAGGACCUGGUUCUUCUGGACCGGGUCCAACAGAACCGUCUGACCUGUGUCUCAUUUGUUCACGAUGUUUUUAUGUUUGAGAUUUAAAAGAUGCUACGAAUUAAAACGAAACCACGCUGUCA